UGGUUAGAAUGACGCUUCCAUUCAAAUGUGUGAGGGUGAGAGAGUAUCUCAAAAGUAAUAAUGUGCAAUAAUGUGCACGGUGCGUAUCUCACGUAAAAGAAAUAGACACAAAAACAUUUUUUUAUGAUUAAAAGAGAGAAUUGAUAUUAUAAAACGGAGAUGAGAUAUGUGAAGAUUCACAAUGCGAUUUUCUAAGUCAUUAGAUAAACAAAUCAACGAGUGUUGUUUUGGCAUUCACGAGCAAAGUGACCUUCCUAGCCACAGGAGAAGCAACCACCACAGCCACCGCCUCCUCAACGACAUCCGUCGCCUGAUUAACCGUAGGUGCCGCCUCCUCCACCAUAGCCUCCGCCACCUCCUCUACAGCUGCCACCAUAGCUUUCACCACCUCUGCCUCUGUAGCCACCAGAUGGCAACCUCCGCCCCUGCCUCCAUAGCCAUCACCAUGGCCUUCGCGGCCUCCUAUGUCGCCUCCCACACCGCCGCAAACUGUGAUAGUGUUUCCUUUGGAGCCGAAAAUGUCCACGGCCUUCGUAGGACCAUUGCUACGUGCGUCCACGGUGAACUCGACAUUCUCUCCUUCACAGAGGACAUGAUAUCCAUCAGAUAUGAUGCCGGAUUGGUGGAAGAAAAGAUCACGGUUACCGUCAUAGGAUGGGUUGGGUAGUCAUGAUGUUUUUUUGUCGACUGAAAUUUGUUGGUCUGGUCUGGUCUGGUUUGGUAAAUGUCUAGUCUCUGUGUAUUUUAUAACUACGAAAGUCUAGUUCUGUCUGGUUUGAUCUUGUCUGGUCGGGUCUGGUCUGAGACUGAAAACAGUCUAGAAGAAAACAUCAUGAGUAGGAGAUGAACACAGGACUCGCGGAGGAAGGAUAUAUAGGUGUUGAGGAAAAGGCAAUUGGGGGAGAUGACACUUGGAGAGGAAGAUCGGGGACACAUGUUACUUAUUUCAGAGCGUUUUUUUUCAACGCGCACGGCGUGUGUGCCUUGUUUGCACAACUGUGUGUGACCUUGAGAGAUCAUGGGUUUCUAAUUUAAAUUAAGUGUGCACGACUUGCGUGCUUCAGGCGCACGACAUUCCCGCUUCAGGCGCACGGCGUGUGCACCUCAAUUUUGUUUUAAAUUGGGAAGAAAUUGAGGUGAGGGACAUGUGUAACACUUUACACUUUGCAUUUUGAUCUAGCAAAUCGUUUUCCUCAUUCACUUCAUUCCUUUAUAUAACAGCAUACAUGUUUUUUAAUUAAUUUAAGAAAGGAUGGACGAGAUCAAGAUAUUCUAUAUUUCAAAUGAGAGACUUAAAUGAGAUGGAGAAAUGGAAGUAUACUAAUACUAGGUAGGGUGGGUUGGGUAGUGAGUAGGAGAUGAAGAGAAGGCCGGUAGAAGAAGGAUAUAUAGGUGUUGAGGAAGAGGCAAGUGGGGGAGUUGACACUUGGAGAGGAACAACGGGGACACAUGUUACUUGUUUCAGAGCAUUUUUUUUUUUAUUUUUCAACGCGCGCGGCGUGUGUGCUUGUCAGCUUGUGUGCACAACUGUGUGCGGCCUUGAGAGCAUCGGUUUUUAAUUUAAAUUAAGCGCGCAUGGCGUGCAUGUGUACCUCAAUUUUGUUUUGAAUUAGGAAGAAUUGAGGUGAGGGACAUGUGUAACACUUUACACUUGCAUUUUGAUCUAGCAAGUCAUUUUCCUCAUUCACUUCAUUCCUUUAUAUUAUCGAUCGCACUCCACUGACUGGACUCUUAC